GGCGGCGGCGGCGGCGGCGGCUCUGGCAUUGUGCGCGCACCAGCAGCCCGGCCCGGGAGGAGCAGGACGCGCCGGGGCCGCCUCCUCCCGCACGGACCCAUGAACCAGCCGGGCGGCGCGGCGGCUCCGCAGGCUGACGGAGCCAGUGCAGCCGGAAGGAAAAGCACUGCCAGCAGGGAGCGCUUGAAGCGCAGCCAGAAGAGCACCAAGGUGGAGGGUCCAGAGCCAGCGCCAGCUGAGGCCUCGCUGAGUGCCGAACAGGGUACGAUGACGGAGGUGAAGGUCAAGACAGAGCUGCCCGACGACUACAUCCAGGAGGUGAUCUGGCAGGGUGAGGCCAAGGAGGAGAAGAAGGUGGUCAGCAAGGACGGGACAGGCGACGUGCCUGCAGAGAUCUGCGUGGUGAUUGGCGGUGUCCGCAACCAGCAGACCCUUGAUGGAAAAGCGCCCGAAGCCAGCCCCCGCUGCGGAUCUGUGCGAGGCCGGUAUUCAGGGACCUGGAUUUUUGACCAAGCGUUGAGAUGUACACCGGGGUCCUACGAGUGUGGGAUCUGUGGCAAGAAGUACAAGUAUUACAACUGCUUCCAGACCCACGUGCGGGCGCACCGAGACACCGAAGCCACCUCAGGGGAGGGAGCCUCCCAAAGCAACAACUUCAGGUACACGUGUGACAUCUGCGGGAAGAAGUACAAGUACUACAGCUGCUUCCAGGAGCACCGGGACCUGCACGCCGUGGACGUGUUCAGUGUGGAAGGGGCCCCCGAGAAUCGGGCAGACCCCUUCGACCAAGGUGUUGUGGCCACUGAUGAAGUGAAGGAGGAGCCCCCAGAGCCAUUCCAGAAAAUUGGGCCAAAAACUGGGAAUUACACCUGUGAAUUCUGCGGGAAGCAGUACAAAUACUACACGCCCUACCAGGAGCACGUGGCCUUACACGCCCCCAUCAGUGCCGCCCCUGGGUGGGAGCCGCCGGACGAUCCAGACACGGGCUCUGAGUGUUCACAUCCAGAGGUCACCCCGUCUCCACGCUUCGUGGCAGCGAAGACCCAGACGAACCAGUCGGGGAAAAAAGCUCCGGCCUCCGUGGUCCGCUGUGCCACCCUCUUGCACCGCACCCCUCCAGCAGCCCAAACCCAGACGUUCCGCACUCCAAAUUCGGGAUCUCCAGCAAGCAAGGCGACCGCAGCAGAAAGCGCCUUUAGUCGGAGAGUAGAAGGCAAAGCACAAAACCACUUUGAAGAGACCAACAGCAGUUCACAGAACUCCAGCGAGCCCUACACCUGCGGAGCCUGCGGGAUCCAGUUCCAGUUCUACAACAACCUGCUGGAGCACAUGCAGUCCCACGCAGCUGACAACGAAAACAACAUCGCCUCCAACCAGUCCCGGUCUCCACCUGCUGUAGUGGAAGAGAAGUGGAAGCCCCAGGCCCAGAGGAACAGCGCCAAUAACACCACAACCAGUGGGUUAACCUCCAACAGCAUGAUCCCGGAGAAGGAGCGGCAGAACAUCGCCGAGCGGCUGCUGCGAGUCAUGUGCGCCGACCUGGGCGCGCUGAGUGUGGUCAGCGGGAAGGAGUUCCUCAAGCUGGCCCAGACCUUGGUGGACAGCGGCGCCCGCUAUGGGGCCUUCUCGGUCACCGAGAUUCUGGGCAACUUCAACACGCUGGCCCUCAAGCACCUGCCUCGUAUGUACAACCAGGUGAAGGUCAAGGUGACAUGCGCCUUGGGCAGCAAUGCCUGCCUGGGCAUCGGUGUCACCUGCCACUCUCAGAGCGUGGGCCCCGACUCCUGCUACAUCCUCACAGCCUACCAGGCCGAGGGCAACCACAUCAAGAGCUACGUGCUGGGCGUGAAGGGCGCAGACAUUCGUGACAGCGGUGACCUGGUGCACCACUGGGUACAGAACGUACUCUCGGAGUUCGUGAUGUCGGAGAUCAGGACAGUGUACGUGACGGAUUGCCGGGUGAGCGCGUCCGCCUUUUCCAAGGCCGGUAUGUGCCUCCGCUGCUCAGCCUGUGCCUUGAACUCGGUGGUGCAGAGCGUGCUGAGCAAGCGGACGCUGCAGGCCCGCAGCAUGCACGAGGUCAUCGAGCUGCUCAACGUGUGCGAGGACCUGGCGGGCUCCACGGGCCUCGCCAAGGAGACCUUCGGGUCGCUGGAGGAGACCUCGCCGCCGCCCUGCUGGAACUCCGUGACGGACUCGCUGCUUCUGGUGCACGAGCGCUACGAGCAGAUCUGCGAGUUCUACAGCCGGGCCAAGAAGAUGAACCUCAUCCAGAGCCUCAACAAGCACCUGCUCAGCAACCUGGCCGCCAUCCUGACGCCCGUGAAGCAGGCGGUGAUCGAGUUGAGCAACGAGAGCCAGCCCACCCUGCAGCUGGUGCUGCCCACCUACGUCAGGCUGGAGAAGCUGUUCACGGCCAAGGCCAACGACGCGGGCACCGUCAGCAAGCUGUGCCACCUCUUCCUGGAGGCGCUCAAGGAGAACUUCAAAGUGCACCCGGCCCACAAGGUGGCCAUGAUCCUGGACCCGCAGCAGAAGCUGCGGCCCGUGCCGCCCUACCAGCACGAGGAGAUCAUCGGCAAGGUCUGCGAGCUCAUCAACGAGGUGAAGGAGUCCUGGGCCGAGGAGGCCGACUUCGAGCCCGCUGCCAAGAAGCCCCGCUCCGCAGCUGGCGAGCACCCCACAGCUCAGGAGGAUGAUCGGCUGGGGAAGAGCGAGGUGUACGACUACCUGCAGGAGCCCCUCUUCCAGGCCACCCCUGACCUCUUCCAGUACUGGUCUUGCGUGACCCAAAAGCACACAAAACUCGCCAAGCUUGCCUUCUGGCUCCUGGCGGUCCCAGCCGUGGGGGCCAGAAGUGGGUGUGUAAAUAUGUGUGAGCAGGCCCUCCUGAUCAAAAGGAGGCGGCUGCUCAGCCCGGAAGACAUGAACAAACUCAUGUUUCUGAAAUCCAACAUGCUUUAAGACUCCGAAACAAAGAAAAAGAGAAGAAAACA